GGGGCUGCAGUGUAGCGUUGAGACCGGGACGGGGACAACAGAGAACAUCCGGGAGACCCUGCCCUGCCCCUCCACCCCCGGUGGUGUGCGGGGGAGCGGAGCUCACGGCAGCAGCCUCACUCCUUUUUUUGCGUCUCUUUAAAGCUGAGCGGGCGCUGCCGCCGCACCCCGGAACCGCUGCGAGGAUCCGCCGCCCCCCGGAGCCCCCACCGACACCGCCGCUCUUCGCAGCCCCGCGGCGAUGCUGCUCUGCCUCGAUCCGACAGCGAGACGGACAACCAAGGAAAGAACCUCCCGCCGUCCGAAGCGGAGGAGAACGUGCUGUGCUGCCGGCAGUGCGAGUGUAGGGGCUGGGGGGGAACUGGGAUGGAAACUGUGCCUCCCCCGCCCCCCCCGUCUGCGGGCGUUUGCUCCUCUCCUCCUGCUGCUGGCAGAGCUGGGCUGCAGCUCCCCACCCACUUACCAAUGGAGAGACGCCGGGACCAAGGAGAGGGUCACCUGCCAGCAGUGCCCGCCGGGGACAUUCGUGGCACAGCAUUGCACCAGGGACAGAGCGACGCUGUGCUCACCCUGCCCCGACCUGCACUACACGCACUACUGGAACUACCUGGAGAAGUGCCUCUACUGCAACGUCAUCUGCGGGGAGCGGCAGGUGGAGGUGCAGCAGUGCAACGCCACCCACAACAGAGCGUGUCAGUGCCAGGAGGGCUUCUAUGCUGAGCUGGAGUUCUGUGUGCAGCACUCUGAGUGUCCGCCGGGCUCCGGAGUGGUGAAGUUGGGUACCCCGUUUGAGAACACACAGUGCCGUGCCUGCCCUCGUGGCUCCUUCUCCUCCUCCAGCUCCAGAACUGAGCCGUGCCAGGUGCACCAGAACUGCACACAGCUGGGGAAGGAGACCAACGUGCUGGGAAACCAAUACCACGACACCCUGUGCACCUCCUGCAGGACGGGUGGGAGCAACAGCACGCAGAGACCAGCUCCAGAGGACGAGGACUGUGAUCAAGCCCUGAUUGACUUCGUGGCAUAUCAGAACAUCCCCUUGAAGAAGCUGAAGCGCCUGCAGCAGAUCCUGGAGAGCUCACCCAGGAAGCAGGCAGUGGAAACCAAGGCAGUGGUGCAGGAGAAGCUGCGGGCUGUGCUCACACACCGCAAGCAGGAGAACUCUGCUGUCAUCACGGAGCUGCUGGCCGCGCUGCGGGCCACCAAGCUGACCUCCAUAGAGAAGAAGGUGCGGGAGCGCUUUCUCUCGUAGUGAGAUCACAGAAUGGACUCUUAGGGUUGUUAGUGUCUUUUUUACCAUGGUUCCAUUAAUUUAUUAAUGUUUCAAAAACGAACUGGAAAGGCAACGUGGCCGAGUGCUGCCUUGUGCCGUGUGUUGGGUGCUCCUGCGGUGUGCCAGGAGCAUCUGCAGUCCAUCAGCAAUGAAACACCUCCAGCAACCCAUUCCUCCCUGAGGGCUUGAGCCUGGCUUAGUUCUGAGCUGUGUGAGGUUGGGUUUGGACUGUCAUUGUAUAGCUGGGCUGAUGAGGCCCUUGGGGAUGUGGUUUGGUGGGUAUGGGUGCUGCUGGGUCAACAGUUGGACUGGAUGGUCUUGGAGGUCUUGUGUGCUCUUGGAACACUGAUGAGAAAGGAGUGGACUGGGGGGAAGAUGUCCCUAAGGUCUGAGGUCCUGCUGGCUUUCAAUUUAUUUUUGAACUACCUGAUUUUGUACCAUGUGAGAUACGUUUUCUAAAGAGAGAAACCCAAGAGGUUAUUUUAUUACACGAUCUUCUCACCA